UGCAGGCGCCAUGACUCAAUCUUGUUCUACAGGUAUCAUCUAUGCAUCAGAAUUUGAGGUUAUUCGUCAACAUUUUGAAGCGUCACGUUUAAGUGGAGAAAGCGAGGCAAACGGUGCUCUUUACGGUCUAUGGACACGUAGCGGCGGUAUUGUGGUUCAGUUGGCGAAUGCGUCAGGUGGACCUCAAGCGGAUAUGUGGACGUCUUUCUGCGGAGACCACCGACUGGAUAGAGUUGGUUCAUGGGGAAACAAGGAACCGAAACUACAAGACCGACCGAGUGACCUGGACGAAUCUCUUGUUUUUGUUUAUGUUUGCCGUUCUCCUGAUAAUGACAAACUUAUCUGCUACUCUAUUCCUGCUUCCGCAAAGACAUCCUCCUUACAAGUGACAGAGUUGACGACGCUACCCACCAGAAGUCCUUUUCGAGCUUUAAAAGAUUCUGAUACGACAAUCCUUCUAGAUCCUGGCACGAAAUAUCUACAGAAGAUUCCGCAACCUCACUUGAAGAGGCAUUGGAGCAGCAAGGAACGCUACAUUGACUUCCUCACAAAUCUCCAAAAGUGUUUCAGUGACACCGAAAUGGAAGUGAAGCAGUUUCAGGACCCUGGAUCAGACUACAUUGCAUUGCAGGUAAAAUCUAGGGAAGCGACGUUUGCUGUCGGGUUUCCAUCUGAUUUUGACAAGAAGCGUAAGGUGGACGUCUACCGUGACAAACAAGAUCCAUUUGUAGUAAAACUACCAUUGGAUGCACACAAGGCUUUUGAUACACUUGUUUCUAGUUUGCUCCAUAAUGAUCAACUAACAGACAAGGGUUCAAGGGAAGGCCAAAUUGCAAAGAAAUCCCCCGUUUCAGUAACCGAUUUACAGAUGCCUCCCUCUUCAACUCCCUCACUAGCUUCAAAAACUCGUGAUAAGACAAGAAGACUACUAAAUUCAGACGUACAGUAUCUACAAAUGAAUUCAGUAUCUGACUUGACGGGCCAUUGGACCAGCAAGAAAACAUACCGCGACUUCCUCAAAGAUCUGCGAACAUGUUUCAGUGCCGCAGAAAUGGAGGUGAAGCAGUUUCAGCAGCCUGGAUCAGACUACAUUGCAUUGCAGGUAAAAGCUAGGGAAGCGACGUUUGCUGUCGGGUUUCCAUCUGAUUUUGACAAGAAGCGUAAGGUGGACGUCUACCGUGACAAACAAGAUCCAGUUGUACUACAACUAGCAUUGGAUGCAAACGAGGCCUUUUCUACACUUCUUUCUUGUCUUUGACCAUACUAGUAAUGACAUAUGCCAUAAAUAACAAUAAAGAAAGCAAUGACAUGCUAUAGCAAUAACGAUUCAACCUCUGUACUUUUCCGACGUGCUUUAACUUGACAAGAUUAGCCACGUUCUCUUCGUUGAA